GUUAAAUGGCAGAUAAAACAAUAAAGAGCUUUUAAAAAUAAAGAAUCUCUGUUGCCUUUAGAGAUAGGGAAGCGUUCCUUCCGUUGUUCGGGAAUGCCGCGUACCCAGUUGCAGUAGAAACACAGUCGCCUUGAAGAGAAUCUCAGUUGUUGUCUAAAGUAAUAACAAGUCUGGGAGACAAUGCCUAAAGGAAGGAACUGUAAUCCGAGCACCCAAAACGAUGGAAAAUGGUUUAACCAUCCAAAUGUGCAAGAAUUCCGAAUCUGUGUAGAGCCUGAAUCUACGGCAGAUAAAUGUAUGACAAUGCAAAACCAGAAUUUUUCUCCAAGCAAGUUAAAUGAUAAAUUACCAUCAUUGUAUGGCGAAUAUGAGAAGAGGAGAUUUCCACGCACAACGUAUAGUUUGGAUCAUACACUUAAACCUCUUCCCUUUGACUUGGAACAGAAGAAACCCUCUAUAGUAAAACAGACUGCACAUACUUUUGAGCUGUGGGAUCAAGGAAAUCCAUCUGAGAUGAGUGGUAGAUUUGGUUUUACCAUAUAUCAGACAUCUUUCCAGGGUAACCAGGAGACAGAACGCCCCUUCUGCAGACGUUUCCCCAAAAUUCCUAGCAAAAGAUCUAAACUUGCUCAAACUCAGAACCCUACUGAAGUAAUGUGGUUUGGGAAAAAUAGUUCCCUAUAUAGAACUCCGCUAGAAAUUUUAGGUAAUACUCAACGUCCUCUUUAUCCUUCUGGGAAGAAGUCCGAUCGUAUAAAAUCUUCCCGAACAAAUUGCAAGUAGAGUAGAUUUCUACUAGUAUUUCUUUGAGUCCUGUACAUUUAUACUUUAACAGGAAAUAAAAAUAGAUAGAUAUGUCAGUAAAUUAUAUUUUAUAUGUUUAUUAUUAACAUGCAGAUUCUGAGUGUCUGUUGAUUUCCAACCAGUGCAACUGUUCCUUGCAAGUACUCCAAGCAUCUUCCACUCCAGCUCUGUCCCCAGUCUUAUGUUGAAGAAGCAUUUCUCCUGUCAUUUCAAACAAUGUACAAUAUCUAGGAACCAGGAAUAGGUCAUUCAGCCCUUUGAUCCUGAUCUAUGGGCUAACUCCAUAUGUCUGCUUGGGCCCAUAUCCUUUGAUACCUUUGCUUACUAAAAAUGUAUCUAUAUCAGACUUGAAUUUAUAAAUUAAAUUAGCAUUGAAUGCUAUUUGAGGAAGAGAGUUCCA